AAACAGAUAUGCAGUUACCUUUGUUACACUGUAGGCAUCUACUAAAUUAAACUUUUUAUUUCUUCACAUUAGCUGUUAAAUUAGCCUGCAGGCUCAUGGUUUGAUGGACUAGAUCCAAAAGUACGGGAAAUAGGCAACAGUGGAAGAGCGGCAGUAACUUCUCGGCAGCAAAAGACGUUUGCUUUCUGUUGUUGAUCUUCUUUAAGGGAAAUGCUACGGUUUGUUUUGGUUUUGGUUUGUUUUGCUGCCGGGUCGGAGCGGGGCGGAGACGGCCGGGAAGCGGUUCCGGGGCCGGGAGGGCGGUGCCGUGGCUCAUGUGACGGCGGCUCCGAGGGGAAGCGGCGGCGGAGUGCGGGGCGCGCCGGGGGCGCGGACAGGCCCGCGGAGGUGGCGGCGGCAGCACCGGGCGGGCCCCAGCCAUGGCCGACUGUUGAAGGUCUUCAUGCUAUUGUAGUCUCAGAUAGAGAUGGUGUGCCUGUUAUCAAAGUUGCCAAUGAUAGUGCUCCAGAACAUGCACUGCGACCUGGCUUUUUGUCCACCUUUGCCCUUGCCACAGAUCAGGGCAGUAAGUUAGGACUCUCUAAAAACAAAAGUAUCAUCUGCUAUUACAAUACCUACCAGGUGGUGCAGUUCAAUCGCUUACCUUUGGUAGUGAGUUUCAUUGCAAGCAGCAGUGCCAAUACAGGGCUGAUUGUAAGUUUGGAGAAGGAGCUCACACCCCUGUUUGAAGAACUGAGGCAGGUUGUUGAAGUUUCUUAACCUGAUGGUAUAGCCAGAGUGCAGCAUUCCUCUGCAGCCCAGUGGACAGAAAGAUUCAAUAAUCAUCAGUCAAAUAACACAUCUCGAAAGAAAUACCACAGCUCCUUAGUAUACUAAGAGUAAAUUGUACAUAGUACUGAAUCUGAAAUGAUCUACUAGUGUGUUGUAGGUGGAUGUUACUUUAGGCCAUGCUUCUUGUAUUGUGCAGUACUGGAGAGCCCACCAAAAUAGCUCCCAUGGAGUUUAGCUCAGCCAGGUUGGCGCGAUGCCCUUGGCUCAAAGGAGCAACCCCCAGAUCUCUUGCUUUACAGGGCACCAGGCACAGGGCAGGGUGUGUCCUCAGGCUGGCCACCACUACAUGUGGGAAGGCACAUGAGGUGGAGGGAGUGAGCAAAGACGUGGUUGGAGGCGUUACGAGAGCAAGUGUGUUGCGGCGGUGUGUCGGUACAAUCAGUCAAUAUCCCGGCUUUCUUACACGGGCUGCACUUUGGCAAGGGAGUGCUACUAAUCUGGAUGCUAGCUGCAUCCUGCUUCCACUAGGAAGAAAGCUGUUUCUAUGGAAGCUGUUGCUGUAGGGAUUUUCAUGAUGCCUAGCUAAAAGCACCCAAACAAUGUCUCACUUCUUCAUGGGGUUUUUUGUGUGAUAUGGUUGUGAAGAUCUCAUGUCUCCUAGUCUUUGUGUGGGUUCAUCACUGGUGACACUCUCAGCUUAUUUACCCUUAGGUUUUCUUAAGUAAAUAAAUACAAAUAAAAUACAGUAUUUUUAAAUGACA